AUGUCAUUUAGACCAGGUAGCAGAGGCGGUUCCCGUGGUGGUUCCAGAGGCGGCUUCGGUGGCAGAGGUGGCUCCCGUGGUGGUGCCCGUGGUGGUUCCAGAGGUGGCUUCGGUGGUAGAGGUGGUGCUCGUGGUGGUUCCAGAGGUGGCUUCGGUGGCAGAGGCGGUGCUCGUGGUGGUUCCAGAGGAGGCUUCGGUGGCAGAGGUGGUGCCCGUGGUGGUUCUCGUGGUGGUGCUGCUGGUGGUGCCAGAGGUGGUGCCAAGGUUGUUAUUGAACCACAUAGACAUGCUGGUGUUUACAUUGCCAGAGGUAAAGAAGAUUUGCUAGUUACCAAAAAUAUGGCCCCAGGUGAAUCUGUUUAUGGUGAAAAGAGAAUUUCUGUUGAAGAACCUUCAAAAGAAGAUGGUGUUCCUCCUACCAAGGUUGAAUACCGUGUUUGGAAUCCUUUCAGAUCUAAGUUGGCAGCCGGUAUUAUGGGAGGUUUAGAUGAAUUAUUCAUUGCCCCAGGUAAAAAAGUUCUAUAUUUAGGUGCUGCUUCAGGUACUUCUGUUUCUCACGUCUCAGAUGUUGUUGGCCCAGAAGGUGUUGUGUAUGCUGUUGAGUUUUCUCACAGACCGGGCAGAGAAUUAAUUUCUAUGGCUAAGAAGAGACCUAAUAUUAUUCCAAUUAUUGAAGAUGCUAGACACCCACAAAAGUACAGAAUGUUGAUUGGUAUGGUUGAUUGUGUCUUCGCAGAUGUUGCUCAACCUGACCAAGCUCGUAUUAUUGCAUUGAACUCUCAUAUGUUCUUGAAAGAUCAAGGUGGCGUUGUUAUCUCUAUCAAGGCUAACUGUAUUGACUCUACUGUAGACGCAGAAACUGUUUUUGCCAGAGAAGUUCAAAAGUUACGUGAGGAACGUAUUAAGCCAUUGGAACAAUUGACUUUGGAACCAUACGAAAGAGACCAUUGUAUCGUCGUUGGUAGAUAUAUGAGAAGUGGUUUGAAGAAAUAG